GGGACGUUGACAAGUGGAUCCAAGAUGGCGUAGAAAGUAAUGACAGGAAUUGGAUGAAGCCAUUGAUCGCUCAUGAACUACAGUGCUGGUGAGAUGUGUGAGAAAUGUUGAAGAGCUCUGAUGGGCUAUUUGGGUGUCACCCAGUGCAGUGAGCUGCAGGAGUUUUGUCCCUGAGUCAUGGAAGACAGAAGCGCGGAGAAGUCAUGUGACCAAGCGUGUGAAUCACUGAAGAGGCAGGACUAUGAAAUGACCCUCCAGCACUGCACAGAGGCGCUCCGUGUCCUCGGCCAGUACUCCAUGGCGGACUGCACGGGGCCGUGUCCACUGGAGAUAGAAAGCAUCAAAAUCGAGAGUCUUCUUUACAGGAUCGCCUCAUUUCUGCAGCUGAAAAACUAUGGACAAGCUGAUGAAGAUUGUAGGCAUGUGCUGGGAGAAGGACUGGCCAACGGCGACGGGCCGGUCCAGGCAGUGCUGUGCUGCAUGCAUCUGAAAGGAAAGCUCCAGCCCGUGUCCAGCAUCCUCACCAAGUCACUGACGGGAGAGUCCUUGAAUGGGAUGGUAACGAAAGAUUUGACGAGACUGAAAACACUUCUCAUAGAAACAGAGACAGCAACUGGGAACGUCCUCUCUGGAUACCACACGGAAGACUUAGAGGAGGGAUCUUGUAACGGCUGGCAUUUCCGUCCACCACCCAGGGGAGUCACCUGCAGUGAAGAAUAUACGUUGUGUAAAAGAUUUUUAGAGCAAGGAAUCUGUAGGUAUGGUGCCCAGUGUACUUCAGCACAUUCCCAGGAAGAACUAGCAGAAUGGCAGAAAAGAUACGCUUCACGGUUGAUAAGAUUGAAACAACAGAAUGAGAAUAAGCAGCUGUCCGGCACAUACAUGGAAACCCUGAUAGAAAAGUGGAUGAAUUCGUUGUCUCCUGAGAAAGUGCUUAGUGAAUGUAUAGAAGGAGUCAAAGUAGAGCAUAAUCCCGACCUCUCUGUCACUGUCAACACCAAAAAGUCUCACCAGACCUGGACCUUUGCUCUCACUUGUAAGCCUGCAAGAACACUGUGUCGUGUAGCGUUGCUCUACGAUGCUCAUCGCCCUCAUUUUAGCAUCGUUGCCAUAUCUGCCGGAGAUAGUACUACCCAGGUGUCACAAGAAGUCCCAGAAAACUGCCAAGAGUGGAUAGGAGGAACGAUGGCCCAAAAUGGAUUAGAUCAUUACGUGUACAAAGUCGGGAUAGCAUUUAACACAGAAAUAUUUGGAACUUUUCGCCAAACCAUAGUUUUCGACUUUGGAUUGGAGCCGGUACUCAUGCAACGAGUGAUGAUUGAUGCAGCUUCCACAGAAGACCUUGAAUACCUGAUGCAUGCGAAGCAGCAGUUAGUAACCACGGCCAAGCGCUGGGAUUCCUCUUCUAAGACUAUUGUAGAUUUUGAACCUAAUGAAACUACUGAUUUGGAGAAGAGCCUUCUUGUCAGAUACCAAAUCCCCCUCUCUGCCGACCAGCUGUUCACCCAGUCUGUCCUAGACAAAUCCUUGACCAAGAGCAACUACCAGGCCCGCCUGCACGACCUCCUUUACAUCGAGGAAAUCGCCCAGUACAAAGAAGUCAGCAAGUUCAACCUUAAAGUGCAGUUGCAGAUUCUAGCAAGCUUCAUGCUCACUGGCGUGUCUGGAGGUGCCAAGUAUGCUCAGAACGGGCAGCUUUUUGGUCGCUUUAAGCUCACUAAAACACUUUCUGAAGAUACGUUGGCUGGACGGCUGGUGAUGACCAAAGUCAGUGCCGUGUAUCUAUUGCCAGUCCCGAAGGAGAGGCAAACCCAGACCCAGGGAACCAAAGAGAAGGCAUAUGAAGCUACUAUUGAAGAGAAAACAAAAGAGUAUAUAUUUUUAAGGAUAUCCAGGGAAUGUUGCGAGGAGCUGAGUCUUCGGCCUGACCAUGAUGCACAGGUUGAACUUCAGUUUCAGUUAAAUCGGUUGCCCCUCUGUGAAAUGCACUACGCGCUAGACAGGAUCAAGGAUAACGGGGUUUUAUUUCCAGACAUCUCCAUGACGCCGACCAUACCUUGGAGCCCCAACAGGCAGUGGGAUGAACAGUUGGACCCUCGUCUAAACGCCAAACAGAAAGAGGCCGUUCUGGCCAUCACAACGCCACUCUCCAUCCAGCUGCCCCCUGUCCUCAUCAUCGGCCCCUACGGGACAGGCAAGACCUUCACCCUCGCUCAGGCCGUCAAGCACAUCCUCCAGCAGCCUGAGACCAGCAGGAUUCUCAUUUGCACCCAUUCUAAUAGCGCUGCUGAUCUCUACAUAAAGGAUUAUUUACAUCCAUAUGUAGAAGCAGGCAACCCUCAGGCGAGACCUCUCAGGGUAUAUUUCCGAAAUCGCUGGGUAAAGACUGUUCACCCAGUCGUGCAUCAGUACUGUUUGAUCUCAAGCGCACAUUCCACCUUUCAGAUGCCACAGAAGGAAGAUAUUCUAAAGCACCGCGUGGUGGUGGUCACACUGAACACUUCCCAGUACCUCUGUCAACUGGAUCUGGAACCCGGGUUUUUUACGCACAUUCUGUUAGAUGAGGCUGCCCAGGCCAUGGAGUGUGAAACCAUUAUGCCUCUCGCGUUGGCAACGAAGAGUACUCGGAUUGUGCUGGCCGGUGACCACAUGCAGCUCAGUCCUUUCGUUUACAGCGAGUUCGCCCGGGAGAGGAACCUGCACGUGUCAUUACUUGAUCGCCUCUAUGAGCAUUACCCCGCCGAGUUCCCGUGUCGGAUCCUCCUGUGUGAGAACUACCGCUCUCACGAAGCUAUCAUCAACUAUACCUCUGAGCUCUUCUACGAGGGCAAACUGAUGGCCAGUGGAAAGCAACCAGCACAUAAGGACUUCUACCCACUAACUUUUUUUACAGCACGAGGGGAAGAUGUACAAGAAAAAAAUAGCACAGCUUUUUAUAAUAACGCAGAGGUGUUUGAAGUGGUGGAGCGCGUGGAAGAGUUACGGAGGAAGUGGCCGGUAGCGUGGGGGAAGUUGGAUGAUGCCAGCAUCGGCGUGGUGACCCCGUACGCCGACCAGGUGUUCAGGAUACGGGCGGAGCUGCGGAAGAAGAGGCUCUCCGAUGUGAAUGUGGAGCGCGUGCUGAACGUUCAAGGAAAGCAAUUCAGAGUUUUGUUUCUUAGCACAGUACGUACCAGGCAUACUUGUAAACAUAAACAAACCCCAAUUAAAAAGAAAGAGCAACUGCUGGAAGAUUCCACCGAGGACUUGGAUUAUGGUUUUUUAUCUAAUUACAAGCUUCUCAAUACUGCCAUUACAAGAGCACAAUCCUUGGUGGCCGUGGUGGGCGAUCCCAUUGCCCUGUGCUCCAUCGGAAGAUGCAGGAAAUUUUGGGAGCGGUUUAUUGCCCUGUGUCAUGAGAAUAAUAGCCUGCACGGAAUCACUUUUGAACAGAUCAGAGCCCAGCUAGAGGCUUUAGAACUAAAGAAGACGUAUGUGUUGAAUCCACUGGCGCCUGAAUUUAUCCCCCGGGCCCUCAGACUGCAGCAUUCAGGAAAUGCCAACAGACUGCAGCAGUCCCCCCCCAAGGGCAAAAGCCUUCAUACUCCGAAUGACCAUUUCCAGAGUGAUGGGAUUGUCCAGCCCAACCCUUCCGUGCUUAUCGGCAACCCUAUCCGAGCCUACACUCCUCCUCCUCCUCUCGGACCUCACCCAAACCUGGGGAAAUCUCCAAGCCCCGUUCAAAGAAUAGACCCUCACACUGGGACCAGUAUUCUCUACGUACCUGCUGUCUAUGGAGGGAAUGUAGUUAUGUCGGUGCCUUUACCUGUACCAUGGACAGGAUACCAGGGUAGGUUCGCAGUUGACCCUCGAAUAAUCACACACCAGGCGGCGAUGGCGUACAACAUGAACCUGCUGCAGACGCACGGGCGGGGCUCCCCUGUACCCUACGGCCUGGGCCAUCACCCGCCUGUCAGCCUAGGGCAGCCGCAGAGUCAGCCGCAGGCUCAGCCUCCGGAAAAGGAGCCACUGGAGCAGAGUCGGAACGGUAAAAGUGAUACAGGUAACCCUGGACCCGAAAUUAGUAAGAUUCGAACACCAGAGAAAAAAUCUACAGAAUCAAAACAGAUCGACUCGGAGUCGAACCCACAGAACAGGAGCCCAGAAGCCCGGCCCGGCGUCGUCUACCCCGCGCCCAAAUUUCACCGCAAAGAGAACCUCACCCCCCGGCACAUCCCCCUCCCGCUGCCCGCGCCGCACGCGCAGUACGCCGUCCCCGGCCGCCACUUCCACCCGCUGGCCCCGCUGCCGCGGCCCCCGUUCCCCGUCCCGCAGCACCAGAGCAACCUACCCGAGCCGCCCAGUCAGAUGCCCCCGGCUCCGAACCAGGGCCUCCCGCCGCCGCAGAGUACCCUGACCCAGCUGCCGCCGCCGCCGCCACCGCCGCCCCCGCCGCCCCAGCUGGCGCCCGCCUACCCGGCAGGACCCAACGGCGCGUUUUUCGGCAACCCGGUGUCUCACCGGCCACAGUCCCCGCCUGCGGAGGCCGGGAUGCCCGAGCAGCCCCCUCCCCUGCUGCAGGACAGCCACAGCCCCCUGCGAGCUGCCACGCAGCCCGGCCCCCUCCUCCCUUCGCACCUGAACAACUUCCCGGAGGAGAACCCCCCCGGCCUGCCCCUCGGUGAGGCCCUCGAUCGCGUGCACGGGACCGUGGCCUUGGAAGCCUUAAGGCAGCAGCACGUGCGGCUGCAGCAGUGGGGCGAGCAUCCCGCCUAUCUGAGUCAGGGUAGUCUUCCGUACCCCCACCCCGCCCACCCGAGCCCGCACCUCCAGCACCUUCCCCAGCCUCCCCUCGGACUGCACCCGCCACCCCUGAGGGCAGACUGGAAGCUUCACAGCAGCGCCGAGGAAGAAGCAGAAGCGGCAGACCCAAGGUUCCAAGACCUAAUCAGAGAACUGUCUAAUCGCGACCCAAGCGAGACGCGGGAACCGGCUGAAAUGCCGCCACCUCAAUCAAGACUGUUGCAAUAUAGACAAGUGCAGACUAGGAGCCCACCAGCAGCCCCCGCCCCCACGGCCAGUGCAGACCACAGUAGCCACUUCCCCCCCUUCCCCGACAGCAGUCGAGACGCCGAAGUGGCCGGCAGCCCGGCCUUCCCGCCGCGCCUGCCGCCCGCGCUGCUCAGCGCGCCCUUCUCAUUGCCAUCCGAACACCUCGCCCCUCCUCCCCUGAAAUACCUGGCGCCCGACGGAGCGUGGACCUUUGCUAACUUGCCGCAGAAUCACCUGAUGGGGCCGGGUUUCCCCUAUGGCCUACCUCCAUUGCCUCACAGGCCGCCACCGAACCCCUUUGUACAAAUCCAGAACCAUCAACAUGCUAUCGGUCAAGAGCCAUUUCACCCAUUGUCAUCUCGAACGGUCUCUUCUUCUUCGCUCCCUAGCUUAGAAGAGUAUGAACCCAGAGGACCUGGUCGGCCCUUGUACCAAAGAAGAAUAUCCUCUAGCUCAGUGCAGCCUUGUUCUGAAGAAGUGAGCCCUCCUCAAGACGGUCUUGCUCCGCGGAAAGAGCUUCAGGACCACGAGAACCCGCCUCCCUUCAGCUUCUCAUCCCCAGAGUCCUGGGCCAACACCACCUCAUCUUCCCCCUACCAGAACAUUCCGUGCAAUGGAGCUAGCAGGGCGGCUCAGCCCAGAGAGUUGAUAGCUCCGCCCAAGACUGUCACCCCCGCCGAGGACCCGCUGAAGCCCGAGACGCUGGACGUGGCCAGUCCCUUCAACUAUAACGUGCUGCAGCGCCUCGGCCAGUUCCCCCCGCUCAUGCCCCACAAGCAGCUGGCGGAGUCGGCGGCCGGCAGCAGCCCGCACAGCGCCGCGCCCGGCAAGCCGGCCAUGUCCUACGCCAGCGCCCUGCGCGCGCCCCCCAAGCCGCGGCCCCCGCCCGAGCAGGCCAAGAAGGGCAGCGACCCGCUGGCCCUGUUCCAGGAACUCAGCCUGGGCAGCGCGUCGGGCGGCAGCGGCUUUUACUCCUAUUUUAAAUGAUCACUUCUUUUCUCUCCUCUCCUCUUCUCUUCUUUUUUUCUCUCUUUUUUUUUUCCUCUCUCUCUUUUUUUUUUUUUUCUGUGCCAGGGUGAAUGAUUUCAUUUCUGUUAGUCUCCAUAGGAUUAAGAUAGCUGGACCUCACUGUAGAUGCGCCUUCUCCCCCCUUGGUUUUCAUACGACAUCUCUUUCUCACUUAAUUGCUUCGCUGCUAGUCUCGCAACUAAUUUUUUUAAGAGGAUAUUCCAUUAUUUUGCAUUUUCAACGUGAUGGAAUUUUGACAGCUUUUAUGUAGAAUAAAAAAAAAUAUUUUUCAAUUUGUGUAUUGUUACCUAUGUUUGCAUCAAGCUAGCAGCUAAGAGGUUAAUUGCGCAACUAUGAAAAAGAAAAAAAAAAAACAAGAAAAAAGUUUGUCUAAAAUGUAUUUAAAAAGAAAAAAAAAACUGUAAGUAGCAUUUACAUUUAUUCAAUAAUAUUACCAUUCGCUGGGUUUCUGUACCAGAAAUGGCCAGUUGAUGUACAAAUGUAUGUUAUUUUUGCUUAAAAUUCAUUUAAAGAUUUUUUUUUUAAAUAAAGGGGCGGCAUCUUCUAAAUACUUUCAGUUUUAUCAGCUGUUAUUUUUGGUGACAGGAUGCUGCAUUCUAAAACUUGUAGUUUUAGACCAAGUGUGACGUCCUGGAGGUCACUCACCUUGUUGCUUUGGGACAAGCUCUACAUGCAGCUUGUUUUCAACAGUAAUUUGAUAGUGUUUCUUUCUUUUUCUUCUUCUUAUUUUAUUAUUUUUUUUUUAAAACAAAUCAUGAAGCUGAAAAACUUUUAGGAUUGUUGGUGCUUAGUAGACUUGAUAACUAUUUUAAAACUGCGUGAAUUUAGUAAAAUCCUUCCCCUCCCCUCACUAUGCAUGUAUAAAUGUUUGUAAUCUGGCUUUUACCCACCCCCCACCCCCUCCAGUGGUAUAAAGAAUCGUGCCGCUUUAAAGAUUUUUUUUUUUUAUUUUCCCCCUCCUCCGGUAUAGUUUUGGUACCUGAUUUGAUGUUUACAUUAAAAUGUGACAUUAUCCAUGACAGUUCACAUAUUUUGCUAACUUUUUGUUAGAGGAACAUGAUUAAUUCUGAAGAAAAAGAAUGUCAAAAUCUAUUUAAAUCUGGGGCAAAAAAAAAAAAAUCUUCCCUUGUUUUGAUGUCUUGAUUCCUCUAAAACAACCCCACUGAACUUGUACGAAACAUCCAAUGUCGAUGGCUCUCAGCUCUUCUGUGGUCUAAGAAUGGUUUCAAAUGGACCUUGGUGAAAUCCUAGCGGUCAGGAUUUACCCUCUUUAAAAUCACCGCGUAGUCUCGUAACUGUUUGGAAACGAUUCUCGUCCGUGCUGCCCCCCUUCCCCCCCCCCCAUCUAGCAAUACUACUCUCCUGCUUCCGAGAGAUCUGGAAACGACACGGCCUCGAAUAAAGUCAGGCUGUGUCUGUGCACUCGGGGGGGCCUGGCGUUCUGUCCAGCCGCGUCUUCCUGGAGGGCCGAGCUGGCAUCCGUCUUCCUGGGCUCACUUGUCCCAAGGGCUCAGGGGGAACUGGGCUCCGGAACAGCCACUGGAGACUCUGAGCGGGGUUUCUUCGGGACUGGCCGGCUCUGGGCCUCGGGGACCCUCCCUCCAUACCGCUCAGCUGAUAAGGCCCUGAGCUCCAAGUCGGCUCUGGGGCCAGAGCAGAUGGGGCUCAGAUCCCAGUUGGCACGGCUGGGCCCCAGGUCCCUUCCCCGGGGUGACAGCCCUGAUAACACACUUCCCCCUUUCACUCGGCCGAGUCACCAGGGAAAAAAAGUAGCAUUGCUGGCCGUCAAGCUGGGUCUCCCCCCAUUUCUGUGACCAAACUCCAGGGCAUGUAGCUCAAGUGUCAACGAGGCCUUCCCCCGUCGGGGGGGCUGUCUCUGCAAGCAUACUUCUCUCCCCCAAGACUCGGCCUCUCGCCCUGGAAGUCCACAGGACUACGCCACGGGCUGGGUGCACAUUCAAAAAACUUUCUCGAUCCUCUGAAGACGGAACUGUCCUCUCUCUUUCACUUCCCCUUUGAUGAAGUCAUUGCCUGAGUUACCUGCUUCUUAUACUUGAACCUUUAAAAAAAAUUAGUUUUUGAAGUUAUUUAUAUUGAAAGAGGUCCUAAGCCUCCCCCACCCCCCACCCCCCGAUAGAAAUGUGUCGGCGUUUGAGACACGACUGCGUAUGGAAUCUUGAGUGAGUGUGACAUCUCCCUGUCCCGUGCAGUUAAUUAUUGGAAACAGAACAUCGGAGCUUCUUACAGGUCCCUCUGUCAUUCUGCAGCCGAUCAGGAUGGGUGUUUCCAUCUGGGCUUCCAUCAGAAUUGGGCGGGCGCGUGUUUGCAUCUCUAACAAGCGUACCCUCUGUCUCAGAAUUGCUUCCCCCCGUGUUUUUAACCUUCCUGACAUCUGUUACGGCUGCCUGAAAUCUUGUCACUGUGUUUGGAGCACAUGGUACUACAAGACCCUGCAGCUUUCUGCUCUCUGAGGCGGGGCUUCCGUUCAAGCUGCCUGGGGGUCCUGGAGUGGCCCGAGCCAAUUCCCCACAUAUCAGACUUCCAGAAUAACGUUUCUCCUCUCCGAGGCUCAACCUCAGAGUCAGGGUGCGACUGGGUCUCUUGGUGAACUGUUAGCUCUUGGAUAACACCAAGUACCACCACCUUCCUUCCCUCCCAGAACAGAUUUCUUCUAAGUGAGGUUAAUUGUUCCUGGGAUGUCUUUCCCCCUUCUUUGUUCUUUCUCUCCCUCUGACGUUUGCUUUUUCUUGCCAGCACGAAUUUUUUAUUCAUUUCUCUUUUUUAAUUUCAGUGCUCACUGAAGAUUUUCCUUUGCACCUGAAAUUCUUUGUGUGCGUGUGUGCGUGUGUGUGUGUGUGUGUGUGUUAGAAUUUGUAACGUGUACAUGUUAAUUUUUGAGUCCUCAUCUAAAAAUGGAUUUUUGUUCAGCUCCGAGGAGCUUUAUUCAGUGGUGCCAGGGAUGUGCCCUGUGCCUGCUUUAAAGGUCUGGGUUGCCCUUUUGGUAUCUGCUUCUCCAAAUUGUUACUGGUUGUGCUUGGUUUUUGAUAAAUCAGUAGUUAAUCAUUGACCGCAUAAGCUAACAUGACCUUCAGUUUCCUUUCCGUGGACAGAGAGUCUCUGUCGGUCGCUUUGUCUGUGUGACAUAAUCAGCAGGGUUGCGUGGGGGUUCGCAUAAGAGAUUUCUAGAUUAAGUUCAGGUUGGGUGUAAAUAUCAACUGGUCUUUUUCCAUUCAGAGAACUGCAGAAUAAGUCAUUUCAACAGAAUUCCCACUGAAUAAGCAUUACCUAAUGCGACAGAGCCAUCUCCAAGACCUAUUUGUGAACCUAGUUUCCUUGUUUAUGGAGGCUUUGAAGUUGCUGAGAAAGCGAACUGAAUUUCCUAACAUUGAGACGUAGGCGUGUCUUGCUCUAGUGUAGUUAAUUUUACAUGUUUAAUGGGUUUCAUGUAUAUACAGCUCAAGAGCCAAGCUAUAAAUAAGACACGAAAUGUUUCUCUAGCCACCUUGGCCAAGAGCCCAGGUGUGAAAAAGCAAUUUCAAAAUUUUAGAUUUCAAAUAUUGUUACUCAGAAAAUGAGAUGUACUGCAAUAGACAUUUAAAGAGAGAUAGCCUGAUAUUCCUAGAUAGCAUUGUUUCAUAUUGGAGUUGUAUUAAAAACAGAAUCCCAGGAAAAGCCUAUACAAAUAAACAUUAAAACUUUAAUUAUACCAACAGGUACAAAUUGCUGCUUUAGAAUGGUAGUUAGGCUAUCAUCUAUUUACCCCCCCUUGUUCCUCAAGGGUAGUAAUUUGUCUUUUUAUUUUUUGACUUAUGAGCCAUUAUUUCUUGCUGACCCUUAGCGUAUGAAGACCCGCUGUUUGUGCCACUGCCUCGAAGUAGAUGUCUUCAUGGUGUCAUUCUGUCAUUCCCUCUUUGCCAUCUGAUCCGUAGACUCCCUAGCAAUUACAAAUAAUGGAUAAUGUCCUAUAAUUUCUCAUUCAAAACAUCCCCUAGUGAUGUCCAUCACGUAUUCUAAAGGCAUCGUGAAAGCGCCAGUGGCACACUAGUCUUCAAAGCGCUCAUUCUAUUAGCUUCUCGAUUUCCCCAUCCACUUGCGGUCAGAUAUUUAUUUGCCAAGGCUUUAAUUGUAAAACUGCUCAGUUCACACUGGUCCUACCUGUUCAAUUAGCAUUUACCAGGUCACUGUUACGAGGAGUGACUCUUACUAACAUUUAACAUAAGUGAGUUAGAAACUGGCAGCGUUAGUACUCUAAAAUAUCAGAUUAAACAGUAAAAGUGGAAAACAGUAAACCGGGCCUAAUGUUGAAAAGCUCGAUUGAUUAGAAUAACCUGCUUUGGCAGACACCUUAAAGAGACAGUCACAGGAGUUUCUAAAAUCUGCAGGGGAAGGUAGGUAACAGAAGGACCUAGGCUUAAUGAUGUGAGCUGUGGUUAAGGCCUAAACCCACAAACACACAAAGAGCCAGAAGCUUUUUUAAAAACUGGAGUAUUAAGAAAAAAAAAACUAAAAAAAAAAAAGCAGAGACAUUCAUGCACUUCUAGUUUCAGACUAUUAGGCCAGAUUUUAUUUGCAAUUUGUUCGACAGAGAUUUUUAUUUUGAUACAGAUAUUAAGCGUAAAGCAUAGUAAGUUUUAUAUAAUUCUAUGAGUUCAUGGAAAUGAUAUUAGGGAAUCUUCAUUAUGUUCUUGGGGGGGAGUCUUUGGCGAUUUCACACCUCUGAGAGGAGGUCUCGUCUCUCUGCCCUUUAUUUUUGCAUACUAGCAUGUGACUGCCUGCCUUAGAAUUAUGUAUAAGAGGGAAAAAUCAAUAUUACUAUUUUCCAAGAUUCGAUUCUUUCAAAAACAGAUUUUUUUUUCCCCCAUUCAUACUUUUCCUGAGUUCGAAAAGGGAAAGGGGUGGUAAGUUGCGUAGAUUCCAACAGAAGUUCUAGGGAGGAUGUGUUGAAAAAAAAAAAAAUCUGCCCCGUCGGAAGGUUUUUCAGACUCUGAGUGGGUAGAGCGAUGGCGCUCAGCCAGGUUCGGGUGAACUUGGCAAAUACGGGGGUCGGUGUGAGCGUCCGGGAGGGGGCGGGAGACAGGCCCUGGGCAGACCCAGUGAACCUCCAGGCUCAGCGCGUGGGGCUGGUCCCCUUGCCGCCGUUGGAGGUCCCUCCCACACAGGGAGAUGCUCUGGUGGUCUUGCAGCCCCCCAGUUCCUGCCAGGAACUGCUCUUAGCGGUGUUCUCACGAGCUCCGUGGAUGAUCACUGCCCAUCCCCCCACCCCACCCCUUACACACACACACACACACACACACACACACACACACACACACACCCGGGCUCAUCUCCCCCCAUCCCACCCCACCCCCUCCGGGCUUCAGGGCCACGAGGGGGGGAGCCAGGCUCUCUUUCCCUCCGGGAUGCUUUGGCCUGUGAGUGCAGGGAAGCAUCUGUUGGCAGUGCUCGGGGCCCAUCUCUUGCUCGCCCUCCUUGCAAAGACGGGCCCGGUGGAAGGAAGCCAUUGGCGCCCCGGGAAUGUACUCAGAGGCCUGGGACCCGACCCUCGAGGGUUCCGGGACCGAACCCUCGAAUAAUGUAGUCCCAGUUGUGGGGGGCCGGGGGUGGGGUGUGAAAUAGGAUUUGCUUUCCAAAUGAUGCUUUUCUCAGGUUCACAGUUCCUCCGGGUUCGGAGCCACACCAGGAGGCGCUGGGGGCCCCUGGCGGGUGGUGUGUGGCAGGAAGGGUAGUUCUCUCUGCUCGCGUGGCUGCCUUGGGGACAGCUUGGUCCUCUCCGUCUGCGAGGCCGUCCGGCGGGGGCGGGCGGGGAUCUCCCCGGCGUGUGAUUCAUAGGCCACAGGUGCUCGUGCCAGUUCUUUCUGAGAAGGCCGAGACACGGGCCCUGUCCCCAGGCUGGGGCGGCCUCGGGUUCGAAUCCCCUGGUACUCCAAUCUGUCGGAGAUGGUGGAGGAUGAAUGACGGGUGGCAGGGCCGCGGGGGCAGGCAGUUGUGGAAGACGCGGCUUUGGAAUUCUUGGGCCUCGGCACUCCCUGCGGGGCAGGCCCGGGAGCAUGGGGCGAGGUGGGGGUGCCGUCCUGUCGUUGUGCGGCUCGGGGACGGGGGUCCCCCGCUCAGGGCCGCUCCCAGCGAGCUCGGGGGCACACGGACGCUUUGCAUUGCGGGACGCCUCCUGGGCGCAGCCCGCUCUCUCUCCCUGGCCUCGCGCCACCCCUCCCCACAAGAGUGCUUCUCCCUGUACCCCCCAGUCUGACGUUGUACUGUAUCCGCUUCCUGUGCCAGUCAGCUGACCUGAUACUUGGAAGCCCGGGGAAGGAGCCGCGGCUCCUCAUUGUUACCCUGGGCCAACGCACCCGUGAAAAAUACCUCUAAGCCAUAAAGGUAACGGGGUUUGCAUGGACGGAUGGGGCCCGUCGUUGAGUGACACAGGUGGCUGGUGUGUCUUUUGAUGCUUCAUACAUCACGGUUCUUACCUGACCCGGGCAGGCUGCCGACUCCCAUCACAUCAGUCACGUCUGAAUCGCCCGUUCAGACAGGGUCUGACUCUGACACGUCUUCCAUCGGCGGCUCCGGAAAGCCGGGCUCCCCCCCUCCCUGCCUCUCCGAAGGCCCCCCUUCCCCGCCCCCCCCAUAUGGUCACCUAAAAUUUAUGCAAAAUGGCAACAAGUGUGUUUCGUUUGUGUGUGUGUGCGUGUUUGUUUGAAGUCCGUGACCCCUCCCCUGGGAAGACCGAACACCUAGAGUUUAUCCUUCACCGUGAGAAAUGAUUUUGUACCAUAAAACCACCCUAAGAGCCACUCUAGGGUUUUUAGGGCGUGGUUUGUUUGUUUGGGUUGUUUUUUUUUUUUGGUCUUUUUUUUUUUCCUUUUCUUUUGAAAUUUAGUUUUGGAAUGACUGUAGAUAACUUCGGUCCCUUAGAACUAGUUUUGUUUGGGGCUCUACAGUUCUUACAUUGUGAUCAUUGUUUCAGUGAAGUUCUUUUGUUUUUCAGAGAUUCAUGGUAACACAAAAUGUAUUUUACUGCUACAACUAAAAUGUAUUUAUAAUAAAAAUGCCUUUUAAUAAUUUG